CGUAUGGAGGGAAGCGCAAAUGAUCGCCUGCGGAAGAAUGCAUGGAGAAAUAUAAGUUUCACAGUGAUGGCCCAGUGUCUACUAAUUGUCGUCUCUUUACUCAUUUUGGCUGAUGUGGCGUUUUGCCUGCGCAUGGUAAUGCUGGACGUUCCAAGCGCGGUCAAUCAUGGGGAGUCCGUGGAGCUGUCCUGCAUCUACGAGCUCGAGAACGACAGGCUGUAUUCCAUCAAGUGGUACAGGAACGAUGUUGAAUUCUACAGAUACGUGCCCAACGACUGGCCUCCGGGACAAUUCUUGCCUCUUCCAGGCGUCAGAGUGGACUUGUCGAAAUCUGGCCAACGAUCCGUUUACCUCCGGAGCGUGGAUCUAAAUAGCACGGGCACGUAUCGAUGUGAAGUGUCUGCAGAAGCUCCGUCAUUCCAGUCAGUAGAAGCAGAAAGGGAUAUGAAAGUUAUGGUGCUGCCAACGGAAGGUCCAAAGAUCAUGGGUGGACAGACGCAGUACAACGUUGGAGAUAUGGUUGCCGUUAACUGCACUUCUGCCAAAUCCAAGCCAGCGGCUACACUCCGCUGGUUUAUUAACGAUAAUGCGGUGGGUCCCGAGUAUGAGACAGAGUACUCGACCACUCUCCACGAGGACGGCUUGGAGUCAUCCAGCCUCAGCCUGCGUUUCGUGGCCAAGGACAAGCACUUUGUGAAUCAGAACAUGAGACUACGUUGCACUGCCUCCAUCUCUAGGAUCUACACCAUGAGCAACGAGGAGAUGUUCGUGGGUGGACGACAGCAAUCGUCGCCACUUCAGAUCACAGAGAACGGAAGUAAAGGUGAGGUGCGUCCGAAGGUAACAGACACACAAGAAAAGCCUUUGAAGAGUCCACCAAAUCCAAAACGGAAGCAACCAAAGCAAUUGCAAAGUUCAAGCGACGGAAGCGUAUUCUCUUUCUGCCAUUGGCUCCUUGUGCUCUCUGUCUUGAUGCUCCACCUGAGGAUCACUUAAGAGAGCUCCACCCCCAUGCUGGAGCACGUGACGCCAACUCAUCUGCCUUCCAUUUUUCCACAAGUCUGCGAAAAAAUUGUAUAGUUCUCCAAAGAAAUAUUCGUCAUAUCAUCAUGGAAUGUCUUUUUCGGUAUCCUGCAAUCCCAAACCUUUUCUGAAAAUGGGAACACUGUUGGAAAACCAAGACAUUGAAAUCAUUGCAACAUUCAGUUUACAUGAUUUAAAGUUUUAGACACCCUGAAUGUUCUAAAUUUUUUUUAAAUGUAGACGUAAAAAAGGGUUGUUAAUCAGUUUCGGCAGUUACUUCAUUUUCUGUGUUUUGUGGCUGAAAACAUUUCUGCAAAGAACCGAUUACAGACAUUCCCCCUAGAUUGAGAACAGAGUAAAUUGCGAGUGAAACUUGCUAGUCUUUUGUUCAUAAGAUUCAAAGGUAUGGUUAAUUGAAUCGAAAUUCUGUAGACUUUGAAUCGAUCAGGGAUCAAAUAAUCGAUACAGUUUGAAAUAUUCAAAACAAAAUUGAAACUUAAGUUUACAAUAGGUAAAAAAAUUUUGUUGUGGAAGAGUCGGUGAAAUCAUUCUUCAAAUUACUGACUGGAGUAUGGAUGAUAAGUGACAAAAAUUUCGCGGAGAUGUCUCGUUAAUCACGCAGCAGCCGUUUCCUGACAUUUUUCAUUGAAAAAUGAGAACCCAAUAAUCGCAGUGCUGAAAAAUAUUGUUUCUGUUUUCCCAAAAUGCCCCGAACAAGACCCGCCGCUGUCAAAAGAAAGACGCCUUUUGUAUUUUGUAAUCAACCUAAAAGUAUAUCAUUUCACAUGAAUUCGAUUUAUAUAAUUGCCAAAAAAAGGAAAUAUUCUGCUACUUUGGUGCCAAUCUUGCUUCAAUUCUUACACAGAACUGUUAUCUUUCAUUUUCCUUUAAUCGAGAAAUUUUUCAUGGCUGAAAGAUGAAAUAUAAAUCGGAGAAAAUUUAGCGCACUUCAUGCUAUUUGUAAUGUACGUGUAUUUAUAAGGAAUUCGAAUAUUUAUUUAUUAUACAUAUAUUCACUUAAAUAGUGUUUUACAUAUUAUUUACAGAGUAAUAUAAAUAAAUGUAUAAAUUAACAGAUGAAUAAACAUAUAAAUAAAAUAUAAUAUACAAAUUUUGUAUCAUCCUCUAUUAUUAUAUUAUGUGAUAAAUGUAUCGAAAUGUUUUAUUUUGCUGGUUAUAUGUUGGAUAUUGAAGCCAUUCAGAAAGAGGUUAUACAUUGUUAUUUUAAAAUUUGAAUUGAAAAAUGCAGAUUAUUGUACUUUGAACUAUAUGAUUUUGAAACUUGUAGAAUUUUCCCCUUGUGAUAGAAACCACAUACAAAAUGACAUGAGAAUAAUUAUUGUAGUAUUGCAUGCAUUCUUUACAAUCCAUGUAUUCAUAAAUGGUUUCAAUGGUUAAAAAUUUUAUCCAAAACUUGGUUUCACAUUUUAACUUUUCUUUUCUCUUCGAGGACAUAUUAAUGUGAGAAAUAUCAGUAAAAAAUUACAAUAGGAAAAUAAAUGUAAAGGAUGACUGGAAAAAAUAUCAGUGUUAAAGAAUUUAUUAAAAAAUUGGCUUGUUAUAUGAAUAAUUUUUAUUCUGUUAUAGUUUAGUGUAAAUGUAUGAAAAAGCUUAUGUAAAUAUAUGGAAUUAUUUUCUAUUUA